AUUCCUUUAAACUAUCAAUUGACCUUAAUAAUUUAUAAUAUAAUUCCUGCAACAUGCCCGAAUCAUUCGCCACCCUCCGCAAUCGUCGCAGCGACGAAUUGUCCCGUCUGGCCGAUGAACACCUUCAGCACGACUUGCGACAGGAAGACCGCGAUACUUUGAAGUCUGCAGCUUCGAAAGUCUCCCUUUGGACCGGAAUUGGCUCUGCAGUAGGAAUUGGGCUGGGUCUAUAUGUUGCCUUCCGACUACGAAGCUCGCGCAAGGCUUUCUUCGAUGUUUUCCGCGCGCAGGAGAGACCUACACAAGUGGUCUUCGCUGAUGGUCGGACAGAGUCUAUUCCGGAUAUUACCCCGUUACUGAAGCCAACCACACUUGGUGAUUUCGCAACGUAUUUCUUUGCUUCUGCUGGUGGACUCUUUCUGGGCGGAGAGCUAGGCUUCUUGGGCGGAGCAGCUAGUGGCAGUCGCACUAUCACUGCCGACCCGGAACAGAAGAAGAGGAUUGAGACCGCUUUCCGGCGAUUCCGGGCCGACGUACUGCGCAAGGAAGCCGACGCAUUGGAUCGCGGAGAGAGUGUUGCGGAUAAGAUGUUUUGAUUUUGGUGUUUAAUGUAUUAGUAGUAAUGGGUGUUGCAUGGUUCGGCGCAUACCUAGUUUGUCCAUUUACAAGUGCUCAGCACUUCGUAUGGAAACAUAUGAAAAACAUCCAUGGCGUUAUGCCAGAAUUCUUCAAAUUUUCAAACUUCCUAGUUAUUAUGGCAUAGAAAGUGCGUCAUUGGAAUGGGAAGACCCACUCGAGCGCACAGCUCCG